UGCUGAAGCAUUAUCGCCAUUUGGAACCGUGCGUAGCGUCUCGAGAGAAAAGUGGCGCGUGCCAGGGAUGGAAAACAUGGAAACGCUGAACAGAGAGGUCUGUCUGACUCUUCAUGACAUGACGACAUCGGAAGAUAUUCCCCAUCUGCUCAGAGUUGCCGGCAUACAGUCGCUUCUGGUCAUGUCCGGGCGACCACCCUUGUGUUUGAGAUGCAAGAAAGUUGGUCACAUACGCAGGCAGUGUCGCACCCCAAAGUGUGCGCGUUGCAACAGAUUCGGACACGAAAGUGACGAGUGCUACUCCAGCUAUGCAGCCGUGCUACGGGGCUCUGGCACAGAACCAGAUGCCAACCAAGAGUUCAUGGAUAUCUCCGAGGUCGUAGACGCCACUGGUGAGGUUCUCCCAACCCAAGCCGGGUCUGCAGAGGCCGGACCUCCUAUUUCCGAUAAGAACGAAGAUCCAGCUGUCAAGGAAGUCUCGGAAACACCACAAACCAGCCCGAAGACAGAGAAUGAAGGAAAAGACUUGCAGGAAAGCAAGGACAAAAAUACCUCGCUACAACAGAAGUUAACUCAGCAGCUUGCAGAUUUUGCUGAGAAGCUGACGACGUCAGAAGGCAAUGACAACCUACCGGACUCAAUGGACGUGACCAAAAACAGUUCCAAGGACACUAACGACACCAAACGAAAACAAGAUGCACCACCUGACACCACCACCGUGAGUAAGCGGAAACCUACCUUGCACCCAAGCUGCUAGUGUUGAAACCCAAAUUCAUAG